AUGAGUGGAAAGCAUAUCACCAGCGUAGCGAACACCUCUUCCAAACCAUCGGACUGUCCUCCGUCCACUGGAUCAGCUGAAGCUCAAUCCAACAUUCGCUCUGGCGGCCCGUCUUCAAGAGAGUCGCGAUCUGUCAAUCAGCUCGGCGCAGGCGUGGCGCAAACUACCGCUACUAGCUUUGUUGGUUACACAGAUUUAGAGAAGGUGUUUGGAGUGUCAAUGAAGUACAGGUAUCAUCGCUCCACUUUCACAGGACCCCUCAAAAAGUGUUACGAUUACAUUCUCCAUAUGGUGGUAUCUAUUCGCUCACCGACCAUCCACAUUCCAGAAGAUUGCUCUGGUAUCACUGAUGCAGAGGUCGAAAAGAUUAGGACAGCCAUAAAUUACGACUUUCCCGAACUCUAUGGAGUCCAGAUAACUAAGACUGUGCGGAUACAAAAACGAUUGCACUCCAUUAAGAUUGUCUAUGAUCCAUCUUUUCACCUGAUAAAUGACGUUCUGAAUAAAAUUGAUCGGUUAUUAGUAUCCACACUAAACAAGAAAAUAAGUGAAAGCCCUAAUCAAACUGACUAUGUCCGUGAGAUGACCACUAUUUCAUGGAUGAAGUCUCACUGCAAGUACGAUGCAAAAGGCCCCAAUCGCUCGAACAUAACCGGAUUCUUCUUCAACAAACACUGUGCAUGUGAGGGCUAUGCCAGGUCCUUUCUUUUCCUUUGUAACCGUCUUGGAAUUCCGUGUAUUUUCGUCACAGGGCGAAGUAAUGGACCGCUGGUUCCUUUUGAUUCAUCUGGCGGCUCAUCUUCUUCGUCUCAGGGCGAACGCGGACAUUGCUGGAACAUGGUUCAGAUAGAAGGGGUCUGGUACUACACAGAUAUUACCUGGUGCUCGGUAGUCGGGCUGAGGCAUCCAGACACCGGAAAAGUCGUGUUUCCCAAUUACUUCAUCAAUAUUUCCAAGGACUUAUAUGACAUCUUGCACGUAGAAGACCAUCCCUUUCCUCUUCCCUCUAAUCCACCAAACAUGCCCUUAGACGUCCGGUUAAGGCAUAACUAUUACUUUUUGACCGGAUUCGUUUGGACGAUUCCUUUCGACAGCCAUAGGACUUCACUUGAAAAGAGCACCAAAAAUACCAGCACCGCUACUGCUAGCGAACUUAUGAUCCCCAACGAAUCCGUAGCUGGGCUGUGUAAGCUUCUACUGAUGGCCAUUUCCAAGGGAAAACAGUUUAUUGAAGUCCUCAUUCGCACAGGAAGUCAGGACCCUUUUGGCAUUCACACCAUCACUAUACGAAACAUGCUUAAGGACCCUCGUCUCUGGACACUUGUUAAUACAGUUCUGGAGGAGACUCAGCAGUUGAACAAGUACAUUUCACCUUCUGCAAUCAUGGUUCCACAAGGAAACUACCCUGCAGCAAUGGUCUUUUUCAAGCUAGUUUCAUCAAAGCCGAAGAUAACAUCUGGAGGAAAGCCAAAGGUCCACACACGGAGUUAG